AAUAAUAAUAAUAAUAAUAAUACUGCUCAUCUGUCUGGACUGUUGAGGCUUCAGUCACCAGCACAUGUUGUGAUCUGAUGCUGUUUAUAAUCCACCUGUCCUCAGUUGUCUCUCCUGGUUCUGCAGGUGUUGCUCAGUCCAUACAGUCACCGGUGCUGACGUCAUUACUGAAUGUUUGAAUUGUACUGAUUUUUAAAAAAAUGACACCUGUCAGCAAGGUCCAACAGGGACAGCGAGGUCCAACAGGGAGAGCGAGGUCCAACAGGGACAGCGAGGUCCAACAGGGAGAGCGAGGUCCAACAGGGACAGUGAGGUCCAACAGGGAGAGCGAGGUCCAACAGGGACAGUGAGGUCCAACAGGGAGAGCGAGGUCCAACAGGGACAGUGAGGUCCAACAGGGAGAGCGAGGUCCAACAGGGACAGUGAGGUCCAACAGGGAGAGCGAGGUCCAACAGGGACAGUGAGGUCCGGCAGCAGAGACUCAGCUGUCCCUUUCUCUCUCUGCAGGUAUGAAUGUGAUGUCAUCAGUGAUGCGGGGGGCCCGGCGGCUCGCCCACAACGACCUGACACUGCUCAGCAAUUUCCUGCCGGUGCCUCACCUCUUUUCCACUCGAGGCUCCGCCCCUCUGCUCACCUGUCACCAGAACAGGGAGUUCGCCUCAAAGCAGGUCCAAGGUCACAGGAAGGACCAGAGAGACAAGAAGGUCAAAGUGAAAGUGGACAAACAGGAAGUGGAGAUCAGACAGACGAUGACGGUGGCGUCUCUCGCUGAGGCCAUGAACAAAGACUUCGACCACGUGAUCGAGGCUCUGCUGAACACGUCGGUGGAUGUGGACUCUCUGGAACCGGACUCGGUCCUGGAGGAGAGGUGGAUUAAAGAGGUGGUCAAACGAUCGGGGAUGAAGUUCAGCUGGGCCAAACUGAGCGACAGCAGAGAGCGACCCAACAGAGACGUCCACAGGAGACCCCCAGCAGACCCGUCCUGCCUGGCGCCGCGCCCCCCAGUGGUCACCAUCAUGGGCCACGUGGAUCAUGGGAAGACCACCUUGCUGGACAGUCUGAGGAAGAGCCAGAUCGUCUCCACGGAGGCCGGAGGGAUCACGCAACACAUCGGAGCUUUUCUGGUCCAGCUGCCUACAGGUGAGAAGAUCACCUUCCUGGACACUCCGGGCCACGCUGCCUUCUCCUCCAUGAGAGCCCGAGGAGCCAACGCCACUGACAUCGUUAUCCUGGUGGUGGCGGCCGACGACGGCGUCAUGAACCAGACGGUUGAGUCGAUCCAGCACGCCAAGAGAGCAAACGUGCCGAUGAUCGUGGCGGUGAACAAGUGUGACAAGCCUCAGGCCGACCCGCAGAGGGUUAAACAGGAGCUGCUGGCGUACGACGUCGUCUGUGAGGAGUUUGGAGGAGACGUUCAGGCGAUCCACGUCUCUGCGCUCAAGGGCGACAACCUGAUGGCUCUGGCCGAGGCCACGGUGACGUUGGCGGAGAUUUUGGAGCUGAAGGCGGAGUCUAGCGGCCUCGUGGAGGGGAUCGUCAUCGAGAGUCGCACUGACAAAGGCAGAGGUCCUGUGACGACAGCCAUCGUGCAGCGGGGGUCGUUGAAGCGAGGUUCUGUCCUGGUGGCAGGGAAGAGUUGGGCUAAAGUCCGUUACCUGUUGGAUGAGAAUGGGAGGGCGGUGACAGAGGCGGGGCCGAGUGCUGCGGUGGAGGUGGUUGGCUGGAAGGAGCUGCCGUCUGCUGGGGAGAUCAUCCUGGAGGUGGAGUCAGAGCAGCGAGCCAGAGAGGUGGUGGAGUGGAGGACGUAUGAGGAGGAGCAGCAGAAGCUGCUGGAGGAGCAGAGCGUCAUCGAGCUGAAACAGAAACAACACCUGGAGGAGUACAAGAAGGAGAGGGAGGGGCUAACUCACCUGAGCUGGAGGCAGAGGAAGUCGGCUCUGUACCGAGCCAAUAAGGGCAAGUUCUCCGUGAGACCGAGCGAGAAGACGCAGAGAGACGCGUACAGCCUGCCGCUCAUCAUCAAAGGUGACGUGGAUGGCUCGGUGGAGGCCAUCUUGAACAUCCUGGACAGUUACGAUGCUCAGCAUCAGUGUCAGAUGGACGUCGUCCACUUCGGCAUCGGUGACAUCUCAGAAAACGACGUUAACAUGGCCCAGAUGUUCACAGGUUCGAUUUACGGCUUCAACGUUGGAGCCAGCAAGCCGAUCCAGCAGCUGGCGGCGCGGUGCGGCGUCCCGCUGCGACUUCACACCAUCAUCUAUAAACUGAUCGACGAGCUGAAAGACGAGCUGAGCAGCAAACUGCCUCCACAUGUGUCAGAGAACAUCAUUGGUGAAGCGACGGUUCUCGCCAUGUUUGACGUGUCUGUGGGGAAGAAAAAGGUUCCUGUCGCCGGCUGUCGGAUUCAGAAAGGUCAGCUGGACCGUCGACUCAAGUUCCGUGUGAUCCGAGGCCGAGACGUAGUGUGGGAAGGUUCUCUGGCGGCGCUGAAGCACCACAAAGACGACGUUCAGGUGGUGAAGGUGGGGAUGGAGUGCGGUCUGUCAGUGGACGGCGACGUCACCUUCAACCCCGGUGACGUCAUCGUCUGCUACGAGGAGGUGGACACGCCGCAGGUCACUUCCUGGAACCCCGGCUUCUGAAGGUGACUUCGUUUGUCAUCAUCAUCUGAUUGGAGGCUCGAGGAGGAAACAGGAAGUUCAGUAGACUGCUAACAUACUGACUUCCUGUUGACAGUGGAUGUAAAUGAAGUCACAUUUAAUUUGACAUCACGUGACAUCACGUCCUGUUGUCUCAGUCUGAGCUGAGAGAUGAACCACUUCAUGACGGACAGCUGCUCACACUUCUGCUCUGAUCUGUUUUGAGGUUCUGGUAACUUCGGGUCUGUCAGUACUCAACACAACCAGCUGUGAAAGAGUUUGUAACAGAUCUGUUGUACAAAGAUCACAUCAUUCAACGGAGGGAAUCACUGCUGAUGUUUCAUGAAACAGAAAAACCUACAGUCCCUGAAUGUUACUGUGAACUGAUGAACAGCUGGAACUUGUUUCAGACAUUUUAAUACAAACAUUCAGUUAGUGGCACUAACUGAAUGUUGCUCGAACGUCAUCAGUCACUUUAGAGCUCAGUGCUGCUGUUAAAAGGCUUAAAUAAAGUUAUUCUGGAUCAGUUUGGGA